CAGGAAGGCGAUUUAGUGCAUGAUCUGUAUUGCAGGGGGACUACAGGGUACCGAGGGGGCGUGUAAGCCUAGAGACUGCUACUCCACCGCCUCCAUGUUACAGACGUGCGAUAAGUAUACGAGCAUGCUGCAGUGUAUGAAACGAGAGUAUGACGGCUGUACGAGCAACGCGGACCAGCAGUCGGUUAUCACCACAAUACUGGCCAUCAGACGGAAACCAAUAUGUGGCUGGGACGUGCAGAAGAUUACUGCGCUGAUGGCGUCACGCUCUGACCUCGUGUCGUCGAUGCUCAGGCGCUCAGACGGCACAGCCAUGUUGGCACUUGCAGAUGACGAUUCUUUCGAUGACGAUGGUCCAUUCGGCGACGAUGAUUCAAAGGAUGACGAUAUCGAUGGUCCGUUUGACGAUGUAUCAAUGGUCGAUGACGGUCCCUAUGAUGAUGACGACGGUCCCUUUGAUGAUGACGACGGUCCUUUUGAUGACGACGACGGUCCCUUUGAUGAUGACGACGGUCCCUUUGAUGAUGACGACGGUCCUUUUGAUGACGACGACGGUUCCUUUGAUGACGACGACGGUUCCUUUGAUGAAGACGACGGUCCCUUUGAUGAUAUGGGACAUAGGGGUUUGCUGCCAUCACUUGCAGGGUCUCCGCGUUAUAAAGCUGUCCCUCCCCCGGCCCCGGGCAUUAUAACCGACAGAGGGGGCGCUAUGAUGGUUAGAGGCUCAUCCUCAAGACAUGCCUAUUCGGGAAGCAGUUCUGUCCACAUCACCAUAGCAACUGUGUUGCCAUGGGCUGCUUUUAUACGUUUUGUUAUGUGA